AUGGGGUGUAUCCAACUAUAUCUCGAUGUACCUACACAAGCAGCAACGGAUCGUCCCUUCUUCCCCCUCCUCGUCGAGGCUGUCAUUUUCGGGCCCGAGCAUCUGCUAGCGGCGUCACGGACAUCUUCCGCCCGGAGGCAAAAAGACCCUGGGGAAAAAGAAUGGGCUCCAAUACCCCGGCCCUUGAACUCUGGAGGCAAGGCUGUCAUCAUGCGAUGGGGGGGACACCAGGUUGGGGCUACGGAGGAGCGGAGAGGAACGAAGACGAUUGGUGGCAUGGGGCUUUGGGAACGACAGGAUGUACAAGAUACUCGCUGUACGAGUGCGAAGAGGAAGAUGAGCGAUGAAGAGUACCAAGUUGCACGGAUGGCCAUCUUAUACACAUACAACUACUACAUGCACAUGGUCAGCGCGAAAACGGCUAAUAUGCCGGGAGCAGAUAAUACAGGACGUGUCCUGGUAGUACUAAAUGCAACCCCUGGACGCCCGUCCGGUGCUGUGAACCAGCAGACAAAGCGCAAUUGGCUUGACAGAAACCGCCCCAAUGCUGAUCCCAACACAAGGGAGAUCCCUGCUAGCGCUGGAGCUGCUCCUCUGGGGGGAGGGAUCCAGUUGGGUCUAGAGCCCGAGAGCAUGAGAAGGGCAUGGCUGGAUUGUCGUUUACUGUCCUGGGGAGGGCCAAGAGGUGCCGGUGAUUUCCUCUGGCUUUGUCUACCUACUCCGUCCAGUCCAGCUUUCCAGGAGGCAAAUCAGACGCUCAGUGUUUGUCUUACCACUUCGUACAACAGCAAUAUGAACUGCCCGCCUCAGACUACUACUGCUAUUGCUGCUCAGCUACAGGAGGAGAUGCCCCGGGCGCUGCAUCGCUGUUCGGCCUGGCCACCGUCUCUGCCCACCACCACUCUACUGGUACUUGUGCUCGUGUUACUACACGAGACGAAGUUGGUACAGUAG